AUGGCCUCACAGAAGGACCCAGACAAAAGCUGGGAGGAGAAGCAGCUCCCAGAGAUCAAGUUGGAGCAGCCAAAGUUCAGCCCGAAGGGAGUGAAGGAGAAGGAAGAGGACAAGAUGGAAGAUGGUGAUGCUGAGGAGAAUGAUGACUGUAAUGAUGAGUAUGAAGAGGAGGAUAACCAUGAGAAUGUAGGUGACCAGGAUGAGGAGGAAAAGGAAUUUGCUGAGGAUGAAGCCAGAGCAGGUCCCUCAGUGCCACCCAAGCAGCUGAAUCAGUGCCCUGAGUGUGGGCAGAGCUUCCCACCUGGCUCAGAGCAGGUAAAGCACCACUGCCCCCACACUGGCACCUGGCCCUUUGUCUGUGGUGACUGUGGCAAGAGGUUCAGCAAGAGCUCUGAGCAUAUCCGGCACUGCCGCACCCACACCGGUGAGAGACCAUACAGCUGUGCUGAGUGUGGCAAGACCUUCACUCACAAGUCUUCCCUCACCAAGCAUCACAGUGUGCACAGCACUGAGAAGUCCUUCACCUGCAGGGACUGUGGCAAGAAAUUCAAACACAGCUCCAGCCUCACCAUCCACUGCCGCAUCCACACCAGAGAGAAGCUGUUCCCCUGUGCUGAGUGCAGCAAGAGCUUCACCACCAGCACUUUAUUGAUCCAACAUCAACUCAUCCACAGCGGUGAGCAACCAUACAGCUGUGCCAACUGCGGCAAGAGCUUUAACAGCAGGUCUGCCCUCAGCAGGCACCGUCAUGUGCACACUGGUGAGAAGUCUUUCACCUGUGCUGACUGUGGCAAGAGCUUCGCCUACAGCUGCACCCUCACCAUCCAUCGGCGAACUCACACGGGUGAGAGGCCUUACAGCUGUGCUGACUGUGGCAAGAGCUUCUCUCAGAGAUCUGUCCUCUGGCAGCACCGCAGUGUGCACAGCACUGAGAAGUCCUUCACCUGCAGGGACUGUGGGAAGAGCUUCAAAACCAUCUCCACUCUCACCAUCCACCGCCGCAUCCACACGGGACAGGUGUUCCCCUGUGCUGAGUGUGGCAAGAGCUUCACCACAAGCACCAGACUCAUCCAACACCAGCUCAUCCACAGUGGUGACAAACCAUACAGCUGUGCCAACUGCGGCAAGAGAUUUAGAUCCAUCUCCAACCUCACCCAGCACCGUCCUGUGCACAUUGUUGAGAGGUCUUUCACCUGUGCUGAUUGCAGCCAGAGCUUCACCUGCAUCUCUGCCCUUACCCAUCACCGCCGCACCCACAGUGGUGAAAGGCCUUACAGCUGUGGCGACUGUGGCAAGAAGUUCACUCGCAAGUCCAACCUCACCGAGCACCGCAGUGUGCACAGCAGUGAGAAGCCCUUCACCUGCAGGGACUGUGGCAAGAGGUUCAAAAACAGCUCUAACCUCACCAUCCACAGACGCAUCCACACUGGAGAGAAGCUGUUCCCCUGUGCUGAGUGCGGCAAAAACUUCACCAACAGCUCCAAACUCAUCCAGCACCAACUCACCCACAGCAGUGAGAAACCGUACAGCUGUGCCGACUGCGGCAAGAGAUUUAGAUCCAUCUCCAACCUCACCCAGCAUCGUCCUGUGCACACAGGAGAGAAGCCUUUCACCUGUGCUGACUGUGGCAGGAGCUUCACUCAGAAGGGACACCUCACUCAGCACCGUCUUGUGCACACAGGAGAGAAGCCUUUCACCUGUGGCGACUGCGGGAAGGGAUUCGCCCAGAAGGGACACCUCAAUCGGCACCGUCGUGUGCACACCAGAGAGAAGUCUUUCACCUGUGCUGACUGCGGGAAGGGUUUCACCCAGAAGGGUCACCUCACCAAUCACUGCUGCAGCCACACCAGUGAGCAGGCCGCAGUGCAGAGAAAGUGCAAAUAGAUCCACCCAGGGUCGAUUGGGGUAAUCCUAACCUGCCUGAGAGCCUUUCCAGCAGACAGAACCAAAAUCUCU